AUGGUCAUCAAAGAAGAUAAAUUGCCUCAGUCGGAAUUCCUUCAAACAUUUUCAGAUAUUGUACCAAUACAAAAAAUCCUUGAAAAAUGCAAUUCAGUGAAAGAUUUACAUCCUGAUACCAUUAUAUAUCUCUUAUACACAAUAAAGGAUGAUUAUAUUCUUAGAAACUAUGAAAAUAUCAGAAGAGCUUUAGAAACAGUUUCUCUUUCAAAGCAUUUAAGAUCAAUUUUGGAAACAGAAAAUCAAAGAUUAGUUAUGUUGCUGCUACUAAACAACAAUAUUUUGGAUUAUACAUUGAAUGACUCUAACAAGGACAUUAAUGAUCCGUGUUUUACUGAAUUAAUGCAUUUGAUGUCAUUCCUGUUUGAUUAUAUUUCAAAAUCAAUUCAAGAUAAAUCUCAAUUUCUCAAAGGAGUUAAAAUUGAUAUUAGCAAAAUAUUUAAAUUAAUUGAGGGAGGAAUCAAAUUAAAUGAUCCAACUCCUGCUAUUAAUUUAGCAUACACAGCAAUAAAAUUUAAUUCAAAUUACGCUGUUUAUUUCGGAGAAAGAUUUAAAAAGCUUAAAUUCGCUAAAGAAGAAUUGAAGAAUGAGAAUAUCAAAAUUUUAAUUUCAUGUGCUCAAAAUUGUCAAAAUCUUGAAAACUAUUCAAAGAUUAUCGAAGAAUUCAUACAUGAAAUUCGGUUUGUUAGGUGGAAUUCUAAAAAAUAUGAAUACGAAUGUUUAAAUGCAUUAUUAAUUCCGGCAGUACAAUAUGCAAGUGAUUUCAAAGGAAUAACAGUCCCUUAUCAAUUCUUUAAAUUUAUUGGUUAUAUUUUAGAAAACUAUGAUGUAUUUAGUGAAUUAUUUGCUACAGCAUUCCAAUUGGCUACCACAUCCUGCAGUAAAUCAAUCGAUAUUAAUUUAACAAGGAAGGUAUUUGACAAACUAAGAGAUAUAAUAGAAUUGAUUAGAAAAUCCCGACAAGAUGAUCGUGUGAAACUUCUUGGUAUAAUUUAUGAACUUGUUAACAAAUGGAAUGAAGUUUCAAAUCGCAAAUUUAAGAAAAUUCCUAUAAGUAGAACCGAUUAUGAUGAUUUAAUUAAAUUAGCAAAAGAUAAUGAACAAAUUAUUACAGGUUUAUUUGAAAGAGGAUUAUAUUUCUAG